CAAAGCUCUGGUCAUCCGUCUGUAAAGCCACUCACACCCUCUCCCCCUGUCUCUCUCUCCUCUGUUUCUGGAGGCUGCACGGGGCUGGUUUUACCAACUGAGUUACUUUGGAAACGCCUUGAAAACCAUGCUGCUCCACAGUAUCUUCUUCUCCUUCUUCUUCCUCUAAGGCUCUAACUGUCUGUGACGAUCUGUGCUUUGUUGUUGUGGGUCUCUCCCAGCUCACGAUGUUAGCAUAGAAGAGACAACAAUGGCGGAAUCUGAUCACUGGGCCUCGCCGCCGGCAACUGGACCGCCGCCGUUCCCACAGAAUGAUGCCCGUUGGAUGCACUUUGACAACUCCGUUAACGCAGUCUCUUUUGGUUUCGUCGCCACCGCAAUUCUCGUCUCCAUGUUCCUUGUCAUGGCCGUUUUCGAGCGUUUUCUCGGCCCGGCCUCGCAGUCUCCUUCUCCUGCCGGCCGGCGGUACGGUCGUGAUAUUGAGUCACAGAUGAGCUCCAACCGAAAACUUCAUCUUCCAUCGCCCCAUGUGUCUCUAAAUGCCAGAGAAUUAUCAGUGUUGAUGCCCGGCGACCGUGUUCCGACGUUCAUCGCCUUGCCUUGCCCGCCGGAUCGCAUCUCUUGGCCUCCCCGGCAACACAGCUCAGUGACCGGUAACCGCCACGGCUUCGCUCCAAACCUGAUCUCUCACACUCCACCUCAAUAGGCCAAGAUUGAAAAUGCUCGCGGCUGUAUAUCGAUACCAAUAUUCCGAGGAGGAUUAAUUCUACAGAUGGUGGCAUUUGAUAUGUACAUAGAGCAUUCGAUCAGGCGACGAAAAAUCUGAAGAUUUUCAUAUGCUUGGGAAAUUUUCGAAUCUGUAAGAUGCGUGUUUAAUUAAAUGAAUUAAAGACUAUAUAUAAUUGUCACAUAAUCACAAUAUUCUUACGAGGGCAAGAAAGAAUAUAUGCCUAUUUAAUAGUGCUACGAAAUUUUACUACUUUCAUAAAAUUAUUAUAAAUAAUAUGAUUUUUCCUAUUUCUUCUGGCUUACAGUGAAAAUUCCAAAUAGGCUAAUAAUAUGAAAAG